GAGGAGAAACAGAACGCAGAGCAGUUGGCUGAGGAACUUGAAUCUCAAGUUGUCAAUACUGUUGGCACGAACCAACACGGGUUUUCGCUACCAGGUCUCUCUGCAACAGGCCUUGGUACCUCUCCUGUUGGAGUUGCCACUGGAGGAGGAUCGCUUCCUGGAACAAGUCCUUUGCGCUUGACUCACAUGCUUUCUUCAGCGCACGCUACUACACCUCUGUUAACCGGAUUUGGCCCAACUGGCUGGUCGCCUCCUCCUUCUCCUUUGAGUGGUCGGUCAACUCCCUUGGCCUGUAGCACUGGCUCAGUUAGCCUCACUUCUGCAGCCUAUGCAGCUUCCUCAGGACCUAUUCAGGGACGAAUUUUGGGCCCUGGUGUUUUGUCUGGGACUGGUGUUUCCGAAGGGCUUAGAUCCCCUGAUACUCAUUUGAGCCAGUCCUCUCAAAUGUUAUUGCCUUUUUAUUCAAAUCAGUCUGCUCUUUCAUCUCUGACACAGCAACAACAGCUUACAACGGCGUUGAUGUCAAGGAGUCGACAUUUCGAUUCCCAGCAUAGGUCUGUCUCAGCAAUGGGUCAGCCGCUGCAUCAGGUAAUUAUCGAGGCUGUAUGUAAUUGGGCAUGUGCUAAAUGCAACCUUUUAUAA